CAAUUACAAGAUUACAGCAAUUACAAGAUUACAGCAAUUACAAUAUUACAGCAAUUACAAGAUUACAUCAAUUACAAGAUUACAGCAAUUACAAGAUUACAGCAAUUACAAGAUUACAGCAAUUACAAAAUUACAGCAAUUACAAGAUUACAGCAAUUACAAAAUUACAGCAAUUACAAGAUUACAGCAAUUACAAGAUUACAGCAAUUACAAGAUUACAGCAAUUACAAGAUUACAGCAAUUACAAGAUUACAGCAAUUACAAGAUUACAGCAAUUACAAGAUUACAGCAAUUACAAGAUUACAAGGAUUACAAGAUUACAUGGAUUACAAGAUUACAGCAAUUACAAGAUUACAUGGAUUACAAGAUUACAGCAAUUACAAGAUUAUAGCAAUUACAAGGUUACAGCAAUUACAAGAUUACAAGGAUUACAAGAUUACAGCAAUUACAAGAUUACAAGGAUUACAAGAUUACAGCAAUUACAAGAUUACAAGGAUUACAAGAUUACAGCAAUUACAAGAUUACAAGGAUUACAAGAUUACAGCAAUUACAAGAUUACAAGGAUUACAAGAUUACAACAAUUACAAGAUUACAGCAUUACAAGAUUACAGCAAUUACAAGAUUACAACAAUUACAAGAUUACAGCAAUUACAAGAUUACAGCAAUUACAAGAUUACAGCAAUUACAAGAUUACAACAAUUACAAGAUUACAACAAUUACAAGAUUACAGCAUUACAAGAUUACAGCAUUACAAGAUUACAAGGAUUACAAGAUUACAGCAUUACAAAAUUACAGCAAUCACAAGAUUACAACAAUUACAAGAUUACAGCAAUUACAAGAUUACAAAGAUUACAAGAUUACAGCAAUUACAAGAUUACAUGGAUUACAAGAUUACAUGGAUUACAAGAUUAUAACAAUUACAAGAUUACAACAAUUACAAGAUUACAACAAUUACAAGAUUACAACAAUUACAUGAUUACAGCAAUUACAAGAUUACAAGAUUACAACAAUUACAAGAUUACAACAAUUACAAGAUUACAACGAUUACAAGAUUACAGCAAUUACAAGAUUACAUGGAUUACAAGAUUACAGCAAUUACAAGAUUACAGCAAUUACAAGAUUACAAGGAUUAGAAGAUUAGAAGUAUUAGAAGAAUGA